AUGGAGCGUAAAAUAAACAGAAGAGAAAAAGAAAAGGAGUAUGAAGGGAAACACAACAGCCUGGAAGACGCUGACCAGGGAAAGAACUGCAAAUCCACCCUGAUGACCCUCAACGUUGGUGGAUACUUAUACAUUACUCAGAAACAAACACUGACCAAGUACCCAGACACUUUCCUUGAAGGUAUAGUAAAUGGAAAAAUCCUCUGCCCAUUUGAUGCCGAUGGUCAUUAUUUCAUAGACAGGGAUGGGCUCCUCUUCAGGCAUGUUCUAAACUUCCUACGAAAUGGAGAACUUCUACUGCCAGAAGGGUUUCGAGAAAAUCAACUUCUCGCACAAGAAGCAGAAUUCUUUCAGCUCAAGGGACUGGCGGAGGAAGUGAAGUCCAGGUGGGAAAAAGAACAGCUAACACCCAGGGAGACUACUUUCUUGGAAAUAACAGAUAACCAUGAUCGCUCACAAGGACUGAGAAUCUUCUGUAAUGCUCCUGAUUUUAUAUCAAAAAUAAAAUCUCGCAUUGUUCUGGUGUCCAAAAGCAGGCUGGAUGGCUUUCCAGAGGAGUUUUCAAUAUCGUCAAACAUCAUUCAAUUUAAAUACUUCAUAAAGUCUGAAAAUGGCACUCGACUUGUACUGAAGGAAGACAACACCUUUGUCUGCACCUUGGAAACUCUUAAGUUCGAGGCCAUAAUGAUGGCCUUAAAGUGUGGUUUUAGACUGCUGACCAGCCUGGAUUGCUCCAAAGGGUCGAUCGUUCACAGCGAUGCACUUCAUUUUAUCAAGUAAUUACCUGUGUCACGAACAAAGGCAACAAGCAUGCAGCCAGCAAGCUUCGGAAAACCACAGCAUCAAAGGCAUCCCAAAUAGCGUGCCCAGCUAGCUCUGUACUCAGAGACCUGCUGCUAAUCAAUUACUGUGAGCUAACGGUAUGUAAAUCCUAUUGCUAAAGAUGUCCUUCUCUAGGGUGUUCCUGUUGAUCAGACUCGUACACUUGAAGCGAAAACAGUGAUCUUCUACAUAUUGUAAAUAAAGACGGAAUGCUUUUGCUAUUUAUUUUUCCUUAAGCUGUCUUUCAAUCAGAAUGUCUUGAGUAUUUGCACAAUGAACAAGCAUGUACAGUAUCUAUCGUUCUUUCAAGUAAAUGGUAAUAAAAUAUUUUAAGGGACUGUAAGAUUUUAAAUCCUCUCUACUUAUGGCAAAAAUCUACAAAGAAACUGAACUGGUAAAAUUAACCAUUGAGAGCAAGACAGAUGUGCAGAUCUACUAAAACAGAGCUGUGGUGAAACAAAA